AAAAAAAGAAAACAAACACCGUUUGGACGUCUUCGCCCUUGGAAGGGACAAUAAAAAAAGACAAACAAUUUUGGAUAAAGCCAGAAAGCUGAAAGACAGAUACCUCUUUUCCCCCCAGGAAAGUUUGACACGACAGCGCUCGCUUUACGCCGGGCUGUGAGAGUCUGAACUGUGCUGCGUGACGGACUGAUUCAUGAGGAAUGUACACUUUUUGUCAAGGAGAAUUUGUUUGCCAUGCCAGUCCUGGUGUUACGAGAAGUGAUCUUUGAUGGGACUUGGCUGGACUUUUCUUCAAGUUAUUAACAACAACAAUAACAGGCAACGGCAUACACAGUUUACAAUAUUAUUAUAAUACGAUACAUCGAUUUUUAGAAACGAGUUAUUAAAUUAAAGACAGUGACUGGGAGCUGCUGUGGAAAGACAGGCUGUAUUAUUAUUACUGAUGCGAUAGAUCACUGCUGAACUGCUCAUUGCUCCUAGAUUUGGACUGGACUAUUAUUAUUAUUAUUAUUAUUAUUAUUAUUAUUAUUAUUAUUAUUAUAUUAUUUAUUAUUAUUAUACUGUGCUAAUGAUGUCUAGGAAGAGGUCGGAGAGUAAGUCUUCUCCGCCUGGACUGUUCACUGAAAUUCAGACCCCGAUCAGGACGGAUGGUUUGGAUAAUCAUUACCACAUCACCUCAGACGAACUUGGCAGGGGUAAAUUUGCCGUGGUUAAGAAGUGUGUUGAGAAGUCCACGGGGAAGGAGUAUGCUGCCAAGUUCCUGAAGAAGCGUCGGAGAGGCCGUGACUGCAGAGUGGAGAUCGUGCACGAGGUGGCGGUUCUAGAAUCAGCGCGGUGGAAUUCACGCGUGGUCAACCUGCACGAGGUGUACGAAACAGAGCAUGAGAUCGUCCUGGUCCUGGAGUAUGCGGCGGGGGGCGAGAUCUUUGAUCACUGUGCUUCGGAGGAGACGCUGACAGAGAGUCAGAUCACCCGGCUCCUCAGACAGACCCUGGAGGGAGUGCACCUGCUGCAUCAGAUCAACCUGGUGCACCUCGACCUCAAGCCUCAGAACAUCCUGCUGACCAGCCUGUCUCCCCUGGGGGACAUUAAGAUCGUGGACUUCGGCCUGUCGAGGAGGCUGGGGGCAGGCGUUGAGCUGCGUGAGAUCAUGGGGACCCCGGAGUAUGUGGCGCCAGAAAUACUGAACUAUGAACCCAUAACAACAGCAACAGACAUGUGGAGUGUGGGGGUGAUCGCGUACAUGCUGGUGACAGGUGAAUCUCCGUUCGCGGGAGACGACAAGCAAGAGACCUACCUGAACGUGUCACAGGUCAACGUGGACUACUGCAAAGAGGCCUUCGAUGACGUGUCAGAGCUAGCUGUCGACUUCAUCAGGAAGCUGCUUGUCAAAUCGGCAGAGGACCGGCCGAGUGCAGCUGACUGCCUCUCUCACCCGUGGCUGUGGCAGGGGGCUUGGGGCGCGGACAGUGACCCACCACUCAGCCAACCCUCCAGGGAGAAAAGCGCAGGCAAGUGGGGCCCACCUAUCCCCCUAGGAAACCCUGAGGACAAAGAGAACAUCCUGGAGGAGUCCCCCUCCCUCCCCAAGAGGUUCCGCUUCGACGACUCACUGGCAUGACAGAGCGUGCUCUGAGUCUGUGUGUCUGUGUUUGCGUGUCUGUCUGUGGGGUAUUGAAGGUACAAGAUGCAGGAUUAUGUUCCACCUCAAAUUCUCAUACCCUCAAUACCCUCCAAUCUGUGUGUGUAUAUAUAAACCACCCCUUGUAGCGCUGCUUUAUAGGUAUUUGGGCUGAGCCCAUUUCUAUGUUUUCAAAUGUGGAUUGUGAAACUUUUUUUUGGCAAAAUUUUACUUUCAUCAGGUUUCAUCCUGUUUCAGUGGUUCAGGAUGUUCUACAGUAAAUGGCCCUAUAUAUGUGUACGUGCAUCUGUGUAUGUGUGUGUGCUUGUAGUUUUAUGUCUUGAAUUAGUAAUCCUGUGGUUUGUGUUGCACUUUGGAUUGAAGAAGUUUAGGCAUGGCACUGCUGUAAGAUUGCACUUUGAAAACUGGGAUUUUUUCUGGCAUGUGGCACUGGGUGUGUUUCUGUACACAGUGUAACUGUAUCUAUAUCUACAUAUCAUAAUGCCAGUCAAUACUGAAGUAUUUAACACCACUCAUUGUGCUACAGCCAUUUCUGUUAAUGAGUAUCACCUAUAGCUCUCUAUUCUGCAUUUGUAGGGCAGAUAUUAGAUUAAUGAAUCAAAAUUGUGAUCAUUUCUUUGAGUGCUGUAUAAUAGUUAUUCAU